AUGAGAACAGGAAUUUGUGAAAUUUGGGCAGAGCGAGACUUUGGUGGUGUUGGAGACGACAGUUCUCUGAAACAGGAAGGGUUUGGACAAGACUUCUCUGAAAGGGGACGAGACUGGCUUCGUAUUUUUGGCUCGAAGAGUGUGGAAAACCUAAGCUGGAGCCUCUCUGGCCGAGCCACUUCCCUCAAUGUAACCGGUCUCGACGACGGCCUGUUGUCGCCCUCCGUCGGCGACUUGUCUGAGCUCCGCGUGCUUUCCCUCGUCGGGAACAUGUUCUCCGGCGAGAUUCCUGCUACCGUUAGGAACCUUCGGUUUCUCGAGGUCCUCGAACUGCAAGGGAACAACUUUUCAGGGAGAGUCCCGACCCAGAUGAGUUUUGCUUUUCUUCAGUCUCUUAAACUUGUUAACCUCUCUGGUAAUGCCUUCUCUGGUUCGAUUGUGAAUGAGAUUAUUGGCUAUGGAAGUGUGAAAGUCGUUGAUUUGUCGAAUAAUCAAUUUUCUGGUGUGAUUCCUCUGAAUGGUACUUGUGAUUCGUUGAAGCAUUUGAAGUUGUCUCGUAACUUUUUGACUGGGGAAAUUCCAUCCCAAAUUGGUAAAUGUAGAACCUUGAGGACCCUUUUGGAUCGUGAUGAUGGUGGAUUAAAUGAUGGCUUUAGAGGAGAGUUUAAUGCCUUUGUUGGGAACAUACCUCAUCAGGUGUUGCUUCUUCCAAGUCUGAGGGUGUUGUGGGCACCAAGGGCAAAUCUUGGUGGACGGUUGCCUAGUGGCUAG